GUCAACACAAAUGCUAUUACUAUUUCUAAAUUAAUCGUCACUGCGGGGCAGGCAUGUUUAGAAUUUUGAGUAGAAACAUUAACAACACCACAUGGUUAGAUAAGCUCGAUGUAUUGAGGAAAAAAUGUGAGCUGCCGGUUAACAAAGUAGCAGUCUCUAGCCAAUUUUACAGCCAAAACCCAGACAUUUUGGGGCCGCAAUUUGCGGCUGGCGACAUCAAUGCCAGGCAGUUCAGGAAACAGGCCGGCAAAAAACAGACCAAGAUCAACUUCAAGGCCGCUAAAGUCGUGAGUUCUCACGCCAAAGUGGCCAAGAAGUCUGAGCAUCUAUUCUGGAAGGCCUUGCUGAAAAAAACCAGCCUGAAGGGCAGGGACACGAAGAAGAAGCCUCACAAGGACAUCCCCAAAAAUGAGCAGCUGGGCUUCAGAAAGACCAAAAACAUCCUGAUGAUCCGCCCUAGCACAGGUGGUUCCAGGAAGUCGGAUGCUCCUCGGUACAAGUUACCAGUACCACCUCCAAAUGUGCCUCCCACUAUUCCCUCGCCUUCACCAAAAAUAUCCAUUAUGAAGGUGAAACAAGCGACACCUGCAUCAAAUCAAGGCGAGUCGCAUAACAACUCACCAAAUGGGGACGUGGCCAAACUUCCUAAACAACCUUCAAGAAUACCAAGGAGCAUCAAGACACCCAGACUAAAGACCAAGUUGGAGUUAUCCAAAAUACAGCAGCAAGACGAAAAAGCAUUCACCAAGGACGACUUCGUUAAAGAAGGAGGCGACGGUCAGAAGGUGGAACCCAUCAAAGAAAAACUACUGGAGAAGUCCUUGUUUCGCAGCCUGAAAAAUGCUCAGGCCCAGGCCAUCAAAGAGACCAAGGAACCCAAACCAACCAUCAAAGAGGUCAAGGAAACGAAACAAGCUAAACCGACCAAUGAAGUCAAAGAGGUCAAACAACCCAAACAACCCAAACCUGUCAAGGAGGUCAAAGAGACGAAGCAGGCCAAACCUACCAACGAAGUUAAAGAAAUCAAACAAGCCAAACCUGCCAAAGAACCCAAAGAAACCAAACCUGUUGAGCAGGAACAACCCGAGGAACAUGCGGAGGAGGAAACCCCCAACCUCGUAUCACCCAAUAAGGCGCAAGUGUCGCCCACCCAGAUGAAAUUCAAGUUCGUGCCGGACGUGCGCAAGGACAUACCCAUCUUGGACAACAAGCCGCCAGCCCAGGAACCACCCAAGCCUGAGCCAGUUGCUGAGGUAAGCUUCGAUAAGGUGAAGGUGACCCCCAAGGAACCCGUAAGGGAGCCCGUCAAGGACUCGUUGACGAUCAAGGACUUCGUGAACCGUCCCAAGAUUAACAUCAAAGACUUGGAGUCGAUGAAGAAGGUGCUCAGACAGUCGGCCAAGGUCAACCCGUUGCUGAACAAGGCGAAGGAGAAGAGGAUCGAAGGCACCGCCGUCUUCGUCGGCCCCAAGGCCGUGCCUCAACCUCCUUCCUUGAAUUUAUUCAACCAGAUUAAGGCCAAGCAGACCCCCGUUAGGCCCAAACAAGACGAGCAGUCCAAAGAAGCCCCCAUUAAGCCCAUCGAGAGGAGCAGCGUGCACAAACUUCUGGAGGACAUAAAGAGAAGUCGUACAAUUAAAAUCCGUCCAAUGGCCGGCGUCAUCGUUGAUCCCGGCGUCAUGGACAAAAUACAAACGCCGAAGCUCGACCAGACCGACAACAGUCAGAUCGUGCAAACCAGUCCGGACAACCAGAAGCUGAUAGUGCCGCAGCUGGGCAAGGAUGUGCCGCCGAUGGAGCUGAUCAAGACGGCCGUGAUGAACCGCAGCAACCAAGACAAGAGCACCGCUGUUUCCUUCAGGGACGCCUCCAAGUAUCCGAUCAAUCCGAUCAGCAAGAUAAUGGCCAGGUCCGAGUUCAUGCCGAAGCCGGAGACUCUGACGCCUCAGAUGGCGGCACCGCAGCCGGAAACGAAGGUGGAGGCGCAGCCGGAAAUAAAGGUGGAAGCGCAGCCGGAAAUAAAGAUGGAGGCGCAGCCGGAAAUGAAGGUGGAAACGCAGACCGAACCAGAGCCGGAAAUCAAGGUGGCACCGCAGCCGGUGAUCAAGGUGGCAACUAAGCCGAAAGCCAAGGUGGAAACGCCGCCGGAGAAGACGGUGGAGGAGUUGUUCUUGGCACCCACCUUCAAAACUUCCGACAUCCCUGUGAUUGAUCCUUUCGUUAGAACGGUGAUAGCACCAACUGUUUGCAACGUUGUGGCUGAGAACGUUAAUAAGCCUGUUAAGCCGGAGGUGAAGGCCAAGGAGGCACCCAAGCGGGAUUUAAAGUGGGAUCCGACCAUUGAGGUUGUGGAGAAGGCCACGACAGAAAUCCUGGAGGUGUUCAAGCCGGAACCUCCCGCGCCCAGCCAGAACAAGUUGGACAAGCUGGACGACACCAUUAAGGAGUUGAUGGGCAAGCAGAAAUUUUUGCACGACUACUUGCAGACUUUUAAGCCCCAGCGCGGGGGUAUCGGUGCCACCAUGGAGAAACCUAGUGAGGGUGAUGGCAGGAAGGAUGAACAACCCGCUGAUGAGGAACAAACUGCCGAGAUUCAGGAGGAAAAGGUGGACGACACGUUGUGCGUGGAGACACAACCACCUAAAGUGGAAAUGGCACCAACUCCGGAAGUUGUGGAAGUUAAGCAGGAGGUGCCGAAGGCACGAGACGCCACGAUGACACCGCUACACUACGACAGCCACCCACAGGAGAUGUUGGAGGCCAACACGUCCGCCAUGAUCUCGGAGAGCCGUACCGAACCGGCGGCCAGCCUGGAGGACAUCACCAAGGAAACCGGCUACUACAAGAAGGAACUGUGCACCGUUUUCGAGAAGCCCACCUACGGUGAAAUCUACGACAUGUCGGACGAUGAUCUGUUCGUUGACACGAAACAAACCAUGGACGGUCUGAUGGUGACGGACAUCAACGAGCACCCGAUCGUGUUCAGUUCGAGGCACGACGACGACAUGUGA